AAGAGAAGGACGUGCUGUGGCGGCUCUCUCCUGUUGUGCUAGUCGCGUCAUCAGACUUCGAGCCGCUCUUCUUCACUUAAAAAAGAGAAUUUUGCCUCGAUAACGCAACUGCAUAUCGUAAAAUUGAGCUAACUUUCCAUAGUGAUGAAGGGCUUUACGUUUUUCUCGUCUACUAAUAUCUGCGAAGUUAAGUAGAAACAGAUGGAUUCAGGACAUUUAUCAUUCCUUCCAACCUUACAAGAUGUCGCACUUCCUUGUACUUGAUGUAUUUGACUAAAACAACUUUUGUGCCUUUCCACAUCACCAGACAUCUCACGGCUCAUCCUUUGCUUUAUACCAACCCGCGCCACACGUCUCGAGGCUCAUGGCUGCGAUAUCAACAUCUGGGAACCAGGUGGUCUGUGCCUCGUGUUCUGCCAGCACACGAGGCCAUCCCGGGCAGUCGAGGCUACACUUCAAACCUCUGUGAGGUGUGGACGUCCCGUGAGAUGUACAGAGAUUUUGUGAAGUGAGGUUGUGGUGGUGGUGGUGGAUGUGGGACUUAAAUUUUCCUUGGGAGUUCCGUUGUUUCCAUGACCCCUUCGGAAAGAGAGGGUGGUCUGCUGGAGGAGAACCUGGCCCAGGCUGAGGCGACUAGUGUCCCCGAUUGGCACUACCAUUCCUCACCCUCUGCCAGGGAGGAGGAGGAGAAUGGGGUGGUAUUUGACAGUCAAUCAGAGGUGUAUACCACGCUCUUCGGCUGCUUACUGUCUGAGUCUUCACGAUUCAACCUUAGUUUGGAUGAGGGUUUUUGGGAGCCCUAUUUGUACGCCAAAUUUCAGAACCAAGUCGGGAAUGCCUCCAGGAUAGAGUGGGAACAGUUGUCCGGACGUGCAAAUGGAACAGUGUUUGUACAAGACUCUACAGAAUACUUGGGUUCCGAAACGACCUACUAUUACAGCCAGGGUGAGGCACCAGACGACUUAGUGAACGAAAUUUUAGAUCAAUGCCUCUCUCUCACGUCUAUUCUCACGACGUCGCGUCCAUACCUACUGAUAUGGUGGCAACAAUUCUUGUGGACGCUCGUAUUCGGCGUGAUGAUGACCAUGGCAGUGGGGGGAAAUAUCCUCGUCAUUUGGAUCAUCUGUGCACACCGACGCAUGCGCACCGUCACCAACUACUUCCUCCUGAACCUGAGCGCCGCAGAUCUCUUCAUGUCGGUCCUCAAUUGCAUGUUCAACUUCAUCUACAUGUUGCAUAGCGACUGGCCGUUCGGCGCCGUCUACUGCACCAUCAGCAACUUUAUGGCUAACGUGACCAUCUCAGCAAGCGUGUUCACCCUCAUGGCCAUGUCCUUCGAUAGGUUUAUCGCUAUUGUAAGACCACUGGAGCCCCGCAUGUCCAAGACGGUGGCUCGGGUAUUUAUUCUGGUCAUCUGGGGAUCGUCCAUGCUUCUCUCUCUUCCGUGCCUCCUGUUCUCCACAACUGUGUCCAUCAAGUAUAAGAAUAACGAGGUGCGGAGAGGCUGUAUCCUGAGAUGGCCGGAUGGACUCACCAGCAGCAGCAGACAGGAACAUAUCUACAACGUGGUCUUCUUCAUCACCACGUACCUGAUGCCCAUGCUGGUGAUGCUGUGGUCGUACUUCCGCAUCGGACACGAGCUCUGGGGGAGUCAGAGCAUUGGGGAGCUGACAGAGAGACAGGCGACCAGCAUACGCUCAAAGAGAAGGGUGGUGAAGAUGUUCCUAGUGAUCGUGGCGGUGUUCGCGGUGUGUUGGCUGCCACAACAGGCCUUCUUCCUGUACACGUACCACAACUCCGCGGUACUGGACACGGCUCACAUCCAGCAUGUUUAUCUCACCUGCUACUGGCUCGCCAUGGCUAACGCGAUGAUCAACCCCGUCAUCUACUACUGGAUGAACGCCAGGUUCCGGGCUUACUUCCGAGAGGUGGUUUUGCAGUGUGUGUGCCUGCAGUGCCACCGCCGGUCGCCCAGCUAUGAGGGCUCCCCAACGCUGGAGAGACGACACGUGCCCUGCGAAGAUCCCUCCUCCCGCUCACGCUCAGGUCUGUGCAGCCUUUCCUGGCUUUGUGUACACAAGCAUAGAAGCAUUUUAGAAUCAUUGUAUGCCUUUUUAUGAACUUCAAUAUUACUUACCUAUC